CCCAUCUUAUCUGACUACCAUCCCCAGCUCUCUCUCUCUCUCAGCUCCAUCUUCCAGAGGACAACAAAGUCUGAAAAUACAAUACAAAAAUCCACAUAUAAUAAUAACAAAAAACAAAACUCCCCCUUUAUAUACUUCGCACUGCCCCUUUCUUUUUCUUGUCCUUUCCACUCUUUCUUUCUCCACACCUUCUUCUUCUUCAACCUCUCUCCUUUAGUUUCUGAAUCAGUCAUGGGGUCUCUGCAUUGGAAGACCAUUGCAUUGGCUGUGGCUCUGCUUCAGCUCAUGGGUCUUUCUGUACAAGCAGACUCAUAUCUUUCUGGAUUUGACAGAAUCACCGGGUUACCGGGUCAACCCCAGGUGAGUUUUCAGCAGUACUCAGGUUAUGUGACCGUUGAUCAGGGGAAACAGAGAGCUCUUUUCUACUACUUCGCUGAGGCAGAGACAGAUCCAGCCGCCAAGCCCCUUGUCCUCUGGCUCAAUGGAGGGCCAGGGUGUUCUUCACUUGGGGUAGGAGCAUUUUCGGAGAAUGGGCCAUUCAGGCCUAGUGGGGCAGUGCUGGUGAGGAACGAUUAUAGCUGGAACAAAGAGGCAAACAUGUUGUAUUUGGAGACGCCAAUUGGAGUUGGGUUCUCUUAUUCAGCCGAUUCUACAGCUUAUGAGGGUGUGAAUGACAAGAUCACAGCUAGGGACAAUCUCGAGUUCUUGAGAAAAUGGUUUGUUAAGUUCCCACAAUACAAGAACAGAAGUCUGUUCAUCUCAGGCGAAAGCUAUGCUGGCCAUUACGUUCCACAACUCGCACAACUCAUGAUUCAAUUCAACAAGAAGGAGAAGUCGUUCAAUUUGAAAGGAAUUGCGCUGGGUAAUCCAGUUUUAGAAUUCGCGACCGACUUCAAUUCGAGGGCUGAGUUUUUCUGGUCUCAUGGAUUGAUAUCGGAUACCACAUACAAAAUGUUCACUUCUGUUUGCAACUAUUCACGCUAUGUGGGGGAAUACUACAGAGGCUCUGUUUCAUCUAUGUGUUCAAGGGUGAUGAGCCAAGUGAGCACAGAAACUAGUAGAUUUGUAGACAAGUAUGAUGUCACCCUUGAUGUCUGCAUAUCAUCUGUACUCUCUCAAUCCAAAGUCCUUAGCCCCCAGCAAGUUAGUGAGACCGUAGACGUGUGUGUGGAAGAUGAAACGGUGAAUUAUUUGAAUAGACGAGAUGUGCAAAAGGCUCUCCAUGCUCGUCUCGUAGGAAUCCGCCAAUGGUCUGUCUGCAGCAGUGUCUUGGACUAUGAGCUGCUUAACUUGGAGAUACCAACAAUUUCUGUAGUCGGAGAACUUAUCAAGGCAGGAAUUCCUGUCUUGGUGUAUAGUGGCGAUCAAGAUUCUGUUAUACCUUUGACGGGAAGUCGAAGAUUGGUUCAUGGACUGGCAGAGGAACUAGGACUGAACACAACCGUGCCCUACAGAGUUUGGUUUGAGGAGAAGCAGGUUGGUGGAUGGACUCAGGUCUACGGUGAUAUCCUUUCCUUUGCCACCAUUAGAGGAGCAUCUCAUGAAGCUCCAUUUUCUCAACCAGAGAGAUCCCUAGUGUUGUUCAAGGCAUUUUUGGAGGGUAGACCCUUGCCAGAAGCAUUCUGAUCUACCUACUUAAUCAGUUCAUCCAGAUUGAAAUUGUAAGCUAGUUUGAUAGGGGAUGGAUUGCUAAUCACCUGAGAAUGAAAACCUCACGCAUUUGUUUGUUUGUUUGUUUGUUUAUUUGGUUUGGCUUCUCAAGAGUUUUGUAAAGAGCUCAAGAAGAGAAAUGAAUAUCUUUUGUCAAGUUUGGUGCAUUCUAUGGAAUUCAAAGAAUUUUGUAAAGAUCUCAAGGAAGAUGAAACUAUUUCAUUUGUUUCCUGCA